GUUUAAAAUUAACUGGGAACCUUAUAGAAACUUUAAAUAUUCAGACAAAACCAUGAUUAUUUAUUAGCUAUAAAUUAUGUUAGGAACUCGUUUCUAUUCAAUUAUUAAAAAGACUGAAAAGUGAGUAUAUAUUCAUCUAAGAUUGUUAUAUUAGAAAAAAUACUAGUAAGGGAUGUUUUAUGUAUUUUCAUAUCACCAAUCAAUCUUACAGUAUUUAAAUGUUCCUUCUAACUUUAAUGAUAACUAUCAAGUAAAAUUGUAAAAUUAAAUGUAUUUGAACUUAAUCUUUUGAUUGCUUUUUUUUAAAAAAACAAAAAUCCUAACUACUAUUUAUAAAUAAGGAAACUUUAGAUGUAAUAAGGAAGCUUUGGUGAAAUAAGGAAGAACAACUGUAAUAUAUUAAUUAAUUACUUAUCUUACUAAUUUUCACAGGGAAGGAAAAUUUUUAAUUGAUUAGUGUUUAUAACUUAUAAAUAUGAAAAACAACGAGUGAAGUUAAUUUACAAGACAACAGAACGUCAAGGUUAACAUAUAAAUUAUUGACACCAUGUCAAACUUUUGGAAUUAUUAUUUUGUUUCUAUUUUGGUUGUGGUUAUAUUGACAAUAAUUAAUGUUUUAAGAAAUUACUUUUCGAGGCCGAAAAAUUUUCCUCCUGGUCCUUCGGGUCUGCCCUUUGUAGGUUAUUUGCCUUUUCUUGGUGAAGAAGCACAUUUAAAACUUUAUAAACUUCGUUUGAAAUACGGUGGGAUUUUCAGUGUUCUUCUUGGAAGCAAGAGAAUAGUAGUAUUAUCUAGUUAUGAUGUGAUGAAAGAAGCGUAUAGUAAAUCAGCCUUACUUGGUCGCCCUCCAAUCACUGCUUUUGAUUUCAUUUUUAAACUUAGAGGUAUAGGAAUGUCCAGUGGAGAAGAAUGGGUCGAAAAUCGCCGAUUUGUCAUUAAUAAUUUGAGGAUAUUUAACGAAAGAUAUGAUUUAGCAAUUGAGGAAGAAAUACUGCUGCUGUUACGAGAAUUGGCUCAGAGUAAAGGUCGUCCAUUCAACUUCCACCAACUUUCAUUAUCCAGCAUAACUAACGUUAUCUUCAGUUUUGUGUCAGGUGUAAGGUUCGAUUAUCAUGAUCCUACAAAGAAAACUAUCGAAGAGUUUAUUGAAAUAUACACAAAAUAUUUGGGCAUGAUUUCUUAUAGUUUAUUUAUCCCUUGGAUUAAAAUUUUGCAUCUUGUUUCUCUUGGAAUGAAUCGUCCUUUCAUGAAGAAAAUGACAGCCGUUUAUGAAAAACUAAUUGCAGAAUUUGAUAGUAUUUUUAAAGAAUACGAUAAUAAAAAUAUUAAGAAUAUUUCGGAAGCUUAUAUCUAUGAAGUAGAGAAAAGUAAAAAUAGUCCUGAAUCACCUUAUACCGUUCUAGGUUAUGUCGGUAAUAUGGCCACAAUAUUAGCAGCUGGGUUCGAUACUACAGCUGCAUCAUUAUCGUGGACCAUAUUAGCAUUAGCAGCGUAUCCCAAAAUUCAGAGAAAAGUUCAGGAAGAAAUAGAUGCAGUUUUCGGUACCGAACACCCAGUUUGGGAGGAUAGAAUACGUUUACCUUAUACUCAAGCAGUUAUCAUGGAAAUACAAAGAUGGAGGACUAUACUACCCCUUUCUGGCUUAAGAUAUAUUUGGAGCAUUCACAACGAUCCCUCGUACUGGGAUAAUCCGGAAGAAUUUGUACCGGAGAGAUUUCUAACAGAAGACGGUUCGAGCAUCGAGAAAUUGAAAUCUUUCUCUCCAUUUUCCUACGGUAAACGUUCUUGUCCGGCGGAAGGAAUCGCUUAUAAGGAAAUUUUCUUGUUUUUGACCUCGAUCCUUCAGAAGUUCGAAGUUGUUUGGCCAGAAUCGACACCACCGGAUUUAGGAGGAGUAACGGGAGGAGGAAUCGCUUUAAUGCCUAAACCUUAUCAGUUAACUUUUGUACCUCGGAAAUAGACGAAUAAUUUUAUAUUUUGUAGAUAUAAUUAAACAAAUCUUUAAAAAAUCUAAUUUUAUAUAAUGUGUGUGUGUGUGUGUGUGUACGUACAUAUACAUUUUUCCAUACGUACUGUAAAUAGGUACUGCACAUUAAGUCUGACUCUCACUUUAGAUAUGACACGUAAUGCCCCACUGUCUCCCCAUGUUUUUGACCUUUAAUUACCAAAAUUUAAUAGCGUCAAUGCCCACUAUAUAAAAAUAACCCUGUCAACUUUGAGAAUUUUUGAUUCGUCCAGAUUGAGAUAUAAUGCAAAAUGAACAGAAAGUAUUGUAAAAGUUUGUGUUACAUUUUUGUAUUCCUAGAAUGCCAAAACCUUGAGAAAUGCAAAAGGAAGUUUGACCGAUUACCACACAUUCCUGUGUUGUA